AUGGAAGAUUCUAGCGGACUGUCUGAGUGUGUGCGCGUGAAGGAGGAGCCCGCCGAGCCAGACGCGGAGCCCGAGCACCCGCCGCCCGGCGCGGCGCCAGUACACAUCAAAGAAGAACUACAGAAUGGACAUCAUUCAGACAGUCUGAAGGAGGCAGAGUGUGUCAAGCAAGAGACGGAGUGUGGAAAUGAAGUCAAUGGAGAUCCGUGCUCGGACAGUGAGUGUGGUGUGAGCGAGGCAGCCAUGCUGUCCGGGCUGGACAACCAUGGAGUGAAGGAUGAGGUUGUGCAGCCGGAGUUGGUGCCCUCACAGACAGCCUCAUGCUCCGGCAGUCGGGUUGGCUCUCUGCUCCGAGAUUGCUGCGUGACACUCGAACGCCUCCCACACGUUGAGGCGCUCGCCAAGCGCAAAGACACAACUCAUACUGACACGGAAUCGGAUACCGACGAAUUAUACGCUAGAGAGAAAGAACCAAUAUGUGACCUUUGUGGUGAAAAAUUCAGUCUAAAGUCAGAUUUAUUGAAACACGUCAUGGAUCAUAUCCACAGCCCUUCAAGCGCGGAGCAGGAAGGGAGUGGGCACAGUUAUGCAUUUGCUGGUCAAUGGACGCAGGAGCAUGAGCGCGCCCUGUGCCGCAAACACGCUAUUCGGGACUGCUGCGUGCGCCUUGAACGCCUCCAACACCACGAGGCUCUCGCCGCCAACGACACCCAAAACAUAACUCAAACUGACACGGAAUCAGAUACAGAGGAAAGUUUCGCAUCUAAUAGUGGGCUGAAUGGACAUAUACGAAUUCACCCUGGCUUUAGACCAUAUUUGUGUGACGUAUGUAAAAAAGGAUUUAGAACUAGGACUAGUUUAAAAAUUCAUACACGGAUUCAUAGUGGGGAAAAACCAUACACAUGCAAGAUAUGUGGAAAGAGUUUCGCAUCUAAGAGUGGGCUGAAUGAACAUAUACGAACUCACCACGGCUUGACAUCAUACUACUGCGGAACAUGUGGAAAGCGUUUCCCAACUAGAAAACAGUUGAAUAGACAUUUAAUAAUUCACACGGACAUAAGACCGUAUUCGUGCGACGUCUGUGAACAACGAUUUAAAUUUUCGAGUUAUUUAAAAAUUCAUAUACGGAUUCAUGGUGACAUAAGACCAUAUUUGUGUGAGGUAUGUGAAAAACGAUUUAGAACUGGGACUGAUUUAAAAAUUCAUACACGCAUUCAUACUGGCGAAAAACCAUACACAUGCAAGAUAUGUGGAAAGAGUUUCGCAUGUCAGAGUGGGCUGGAUAGACAUAUACGAAUUCACACCGGCAUAAGACCAUAUUCGUGUGACACAAGAAAAUUAUGGAACACCAAACGAUUGUUCACAUUCGCGGCUCGUCUCGUGGCUCGCCGCGAGCGCGUAAGCACGUCGAGCUAA